AGCUGAUGUAAAACGACGUACUUUCUUGAGAACUGGUAUUAAAACUGAACAAUAAUGUUGAAUAUAACCAUCAACAUUAAUUAUAUGAAAAGUUGGAAUGGAAUUGCUAAGAUCCUUCAAGUGGUACUGGGUGCGAUUUGUGUAGGAAUUAUUGGUCACGAGCUUAGUUAUAAAUAUGUACUCUUAUACAGAGCAUCAGCAUAUCUAUUUUUUUUUGUCGCAACAUGUACUUUCUUUAUUAACACUUUUAUUCUGUAUGUCAGUAACUUGAUAUCACCCUCUGCUGCAUCUAUUAUAUCUAAAACAAUUUACGAACUCCUUUAUCAUUUCAUUGCGUCUAUAUUAUUAUUUGCGGCUUCAAUAGCAGUAAUAAUUGUGAUAAAUCAACAUUCUAUUGUAGUUAAUUAUGAUGCGUUUUUAGCAGCUUCCAUUCUCGCUCUGCUAAAUAGCAUUUUAUACAUCUGCAGUACGGUCAUGGGCUUUAGAACUUAUGGAGAUGAUUAAAAGGUUACAAUAAGUUUGUAAUUCUUUAAACAAUAAAAAUAGAUUAUUCUUAUACGAAUUGUUUUUACACAGGUCAGAUACAUUUUAGAAACU